AUGUUACCAAUGUCAUCUUCAACUCAUCAUACACAUAUUGAAUCAAAUUGGAAAACAUAUUAUGAUGCAAAAAAAUUACUUCGCCAAACUGAACAACGUUUAAAAGAUACACGUGAUUAUUAUCCACAUGUUCAUAUACAUAAUCAUCAUGACAAUACUGAUCUAUCGACAUUAUCAUCAUCAUCAUUUAUACUACAUGGCGAGACAUCAUCUAUACAUGCUGGAAAUAGAUCUAUUUUAAAUGAUGAUCGAGCAAUUAAUAAUAAACAUCAAUUACUUGAUUCAGAAGCAUUACAAACAAUCCGUAGAAAAAUUAGUAAACAAAAAAUUGCUGCAGAGCGUCGUGCAGAGCAAUUAUUUCAUUCUCAAUCAGAUGCUGGUCAUAUGUUUGAAUCAUAUCGUCCUCAUAGUGCAUAUUCUACUUCAGCUAGUUUACAAAAUCUUCAUUAUUCUCCAUAUCGUCAACAGCGUGUUUCUCCUCCUAAACUUCAACCAUCCUAUGCAUCACAUCUUUCUCAAUCUCAAUCAUUUCCAUCUGAACUUGAUACUGUACUUCGCAAUCCAACGACUUCAAAAAUGUUACCUAAAGAAACUGAUCUUAUUCGUUCGAAUGAUUUUGAACGGCAAUCGUUUUAUCAACCCAGCUCACGUAAAAUGACUAAAGCACUACCGAAAGAUAACUAUUCGUUACCAAAUGGUCGAUCCACAAUUCAACCACGUAGUGCAAGUGCCUGUGCAAGUCUUACAACAAGAUAUCAAGAUCUUCAUUCAUCUCAUUUUCUAACUUCAGCAGAUCCUCAACGAUUAAAACAUGUUCGUCGUGUUGAAUCUGGUCAUGUAUCAUCAGGUUCUAGUGCUAAAACUAGUUCAAUUACACCUGAUGUAUGGCAAACCGAUCCUAUUGUAAUGAAAAAACCGUCAUCAAUCGCUCAACAAGAAAAAUCAUUGAAGAAGAUAAACGCAUCGGAAAUAAUUAUUAAACGAACAAAAACGGAUAUUGAAGAAUCAUUAGCUACAAUCAAUCAACGAACAGAUAAAAUGCUCAAACCAAAACGUGAUACAAGUGCUUCGAAACCAUCUCCUAUUAUCGCUGAAAAAACACCAUUAAAAGCAUCAUUACCAAAAUCAAAGUCAGAUGAAGAAAAUAAAAAACUUGAGGAUUUAAUUCAACAAAAACGUCAACAGCAUGAAGAACGUUUGAAAGAUGAACAAGAUAAAUCACGAAAGGAUAGAUUUAAAAAAUUAAACGAACAAGCCAAAGAAACUUCACAGCCAUAUUUACCAUCAUCCAUAACAAAAAGAUCAUCAGCAUUCACACCUACAACACCAAGAGAUUUGACUGAACAAACACGCCAACGUCUACUGCGUUUACUUGGACCGUCAGCAGACUAUCAUGCGGCUAGUACAUUCGAAACACCAUCAUUACUUGAACGUUGUUCAUCGUCUUCGUCGAAUGCGUCAACAUCGUCAUCAUCUCUUUCGUCGUCAAAUGAUUCAGUAAUUGACGCUCAAUCAACGAAACUACACGAUCCAUUAAUAGUACGAUCUCGCUCAGAACCGCCGCUCGAAAAUGGUGCAGAUAAUAAUAACGUUCAACGACAUGAAACUUUACUACGAUGGGCUGUUAAUUUAACAAGAGAUUGUGAUCUCGUAGAAAAUAGAUUUAAACAUUUGCGAUCAAAUGGUACUCAAUCAUUUGAAGCUAUUCCGUCAUCAUAUCAAAAUCUGCAACAUGACGAUGGAAAUUUACGUUUUCAAACAUCACAAUAUGAAAUAAAUAAUUCUGAAACACUCAAACCCUGUACAUUAACACGUUUAUCAGAACGUCUAAAUUUAAAUGAUUAUCGGGCUCAAUCGUUACCGAAUGUUCACGAACAUCAUGAUAUAUUAUUAGAAAGACAUGUCUAUCAUGAUCGUGCUGCAGCUAAAAUUCAAGCAGCAUAUCGUGGUUAUACAGUUCGAAAAUCCUUACCAUGGCUAAAUGACAAACAAAAAUAUAUCAACGAUGAAUUUAAUCAAAGACCAAAUCAUCGCCGGGAAACGUCAACUUUAAUCAAUAUGGAUAUACGUAUAAGUAAUGAUAAUUAUCCAAUUGAUUCAACACUUUUACGAUAUCAUGAAAAUUCAACAAUAAGUGAUUAUCCACAACAGCCAAUACGAAAAAUAACAACACUACCAUUCUAUUCCGAUGAUUAUGAUAAUAUGCCAAGCGUACCGAUAUCAAAUCUAUCAACUCCAAAUAAUCAACUCCAAGUACCUAUUACAAAUACAAACUAUUCCCUAAAUGUACCAAAUACGAAUUUAUCAAGUCCAAUACCUUCCCCAGACAUUCAUGUACCAUUACCGAAAGAACGCCGUCGAUCGAUGUCACCUCCAUUGCCACCACAAAUGUCUCCUGAUAGUGGUCGCCCACUCCAUCAUUUACCACAGUCAACUGAUGAACUAGCUGAUCCAACAAAACAACCCAAAUCUACUUUCCGUUCACAGAAUUCCCCAAUUAAUACUCUACCAUCACAGCAAACACGAAAAUCUCCGUUACAACAGUCAUUAUCAUCAUCAUCUUCAACAUCAACAAUGACCAAUCGAAAACGUCGGUCGGCUUCUCCUCAACAACAACAACAACAACAAACAAUGAAUAAUACACAUUCACGUCAUCGUACGUCACAAAAUUCAAGUCCACCAACGUCUUCUUCGGAAUCAAUUUUAACGGCACGUGAAAAACGUGUAAGACAAAAGUUCAAUAGUGAUAUUGAAUUACAAGCAUAUGAAAAACGUCUCAAAGAUAUUGAAAAAAAAAUUCGCCAACUUGUCAAACGUGCAUUUGAAAUCUUCGAUGAAAAACGAAGUAUAUCAAGCCCGCCAACAGUUACACGUACAAAUAAAACUGAAUCUGCAACACAUAAUCGAUCGAAAUCAACGAAUCAUUUCCAAGAUGAAUCAAGUAUUAGCGAAGAACCGUCUAUUCAUAGAAAAGAUACAGAAAUAAUUAAAAAAGAUAAUGAUGCAUCCUCAAAUUCCACUCAGCCAAGACAAUCAGAUGUUGUAACCUCCGAUGCAAGCGACCUUGAACGGCGUGUACGAGCAUAUCGUGAACAAUUAAAAGCGAAAAAAAUUGAACUUGAAAAAUUAAAACAACGCAAGAAUAAAGAAAUUCUACGACGACAAGAAGAUGAAUUAAAAAAACAAAUUGAAUCAUGCGACCAUGAAAUUCAAACAUUACGUUUACAACCAGUUCAACAAGAACAAACAGUACCGGUUCCAUCAUCACAUAAUCUUGAUAGUCCUGUAGCAGAAAGUCGAAAAUCCAGUGUACCAAAAUCCGACAAAGAUGUUCAAUCGCCGAAACAAGAAAUCUUUGAUAAUGAUGAGGAAAAAGAAGCCGACGGAAGGCCAUUAGAAACUCCGCGCGAUGAACGUGAUACACAGCAUGAUGCUCAAUCAAUAUCCGUUGCUACAGAUAUACCAACGGAAUCCGAAAUCGAUUAUGUCAGCCGAAGAGGCAGCAUUGAUAAUGAAAGACAAAUAAUCUAUUCAAAUGGAAGUCUAUCAAUACCAUCGAAUAAAAGAGACGAUUCAUUUUCACCGUCAACAACAUCGUCAAUAUCAAGUGAAAAACAUAUUAAAUCAUUAUCUCCACAAGUAUCUAAAUCACUUUCACCACCAUGUGCACCAUCAGCACACGAAAGUAUUAAAUCACAUUCACCACUGUCAGCACAACAACGUAUUAAAUCACCUUCUUCUUCACUAGUAGAAGAACGUGUUAAAACACUAUCACAAGAACAAGGUUUUAUUCCAAUACACGAUCCGAAACAUGCUCAACCAUCAUCAACACAUGAUGAAUAUGAUGAAGAUUUCUCUGAACAUAGUCGUUCACCACGACAUAGUCCAACUAAAAUUGAUAAUAAUGAUUCUCAUCCGGAAUCAAUUCAAGAAGAUAUUGAAGAUAAACCUUCAGCACAUGAAUCAAAUCAAAGUUCAAAAUCAAGUGUUGAAGAACAAUCUGAAAUACUUGUUCUUGUUAAAAAAUCUUCGAACAUAACACCAAGACAGCCGGAUGAAAAACCAUCAGAUAGUAAAUUACCUUUAAAUCCACCUAAAAUUGAAACUGAUGAUACAUCACAUGAUAUUAGUGAAGAUGAUGAAGGUAAUAAACGUGUUGAGCAAGAUAAUAAGAUUGAUAAAUUAACUGAAAUAUUAGUGAGAACAUUUAUUGAUGAAGCUAUUGAUCAAGGACAAGAAAUUGAAAAUAAAAAAAGUCAAAAUUUAACACAAGAAGCUAGUGAAUGGAUACCAGCUGACGAUUUAGUUAGCGAAGAAAAUAAUAAACAAACAUUAACUAAUCCUGAAGAAGAUGCUGACAAUGACGAACUGACAUUGCCAAAAGACCCAGAUGUUCCUGAUAAAUCUGAAUCAACGACAAAUGGCACAAAUGAUGAAGAAGAACUUAAACUUGAUCUAACUGGAUUUGAAGAAAACAGUCCUGAUGAAUCACGAGAAGUAAUUCAACGAAAACCCACUAAAAAAGAACCUACGACAAAUGCAGAAGGCGAAACGACUACACCCGAAAUUGAACAUCCUAUUAGACCUGUUAACGAAGGACCUAUUCAACCCGUUGUUUCACAUACACGUGAGCAAGUUAUUAAAUUGUGUCAUGAAGCUAUUACAAUUUUAUAUAAUCAAAAUAAUGAUUUCUCGAAUCGUUCGCUUAUCAAUCAAACAAUACCUGAUUCAUAUUAUAAUUUUCAUCAGCCAGACACUGAUAAUGAAGAUAUUCGACGUAGUCGUCAUGCUUAUUAUCGAAUGAUAUUUGAUUUAUGUGUUGAACUACUAUAUGAAAUGUUUUCAUCAAAUUUUCGUACAGCUAAAUAUCCAGAAUGGCAAAAAACAAAAUUAAUGCCUAAACGUUUUUAUCGUUUACAAAAACCAAAUAAUCGUGAUGAAGCUGAAAGUUUUAUUCAAAGAAAAGUUUUAGAAAUCUUGAAUUUAACUCCACGUCAAAUAACAUAUUCCAAAUGGCGUAUAUCAUUAGGACGACGUCACGAUACAGAACAAUUUGAAAAUGUUCUCGAUGAAGAAUUACGUCGAAUGGAACCUCAAUGGAUUGAUUAUGACGAUGAUUCUUUAAGAAUUAAAUUCGACAUAGCGGAACACAUAUUCGAUCAAUUAUUACAAGAAACAUUAACAGAUUGUUUUCAUAUUAUUAAUCAACGAUUAGUUUUGAGCAGUAAUAGUACAGGCCUUUGA